AACAUGCCGAAUUUUCAUUUGUCCGAAAGCAGAUGAACGUGGUGCUCCGUUAAGGAUGAAUGAAAUCAAAAAUAUGGCAAUUGAGUUGGACAAAUUUACAGUUACUUUAAAUCCUGGUGAAAAUACUAUUAGACGUCGAUCAAGUGAAUCUUCUAUUACCAUUCCAUUUGAACGUUCAUUCCGUCGUACGAUUCCAUCAGAUCAGCAAACAGCUGAGAAUCAAGCUGCUUUAUCUGAAUUCCGUUUCUGUGGUUGUGGAUGGCCAGAUCAUAUGCUUUUGCCAAAAGGAACUCCAUCAGGAAUGGAAUUUGAUUUGUAUUGUAUGAUUUCGGAUUAUACGGGUGAUGAAGUUAUACAAACGAAUGAUGGACCAAGUAUUUGUGGAGAUGCAGAAUCAUUUUGUGGACUUAAAGACAAAUUAUAUCCAGACAAACGUUCAAUGGGUUUUCCAUUUGAUAGACCAAUUAGUUCUGGAAAUCUUGGCGAAUUUACAAAUCAAUAUCCUAAUAUGGCAAUUACACCUAUUAAGAUUGUGUUUUCUAACAAGCAUAUUAACAGACAAAAGAAUAGAGAUUAGAUAAACUUUGGAACUGGAUAAGACAUGAGAAGAUAAUACUAUUUCAGCACGUACUCAAUAAUUUUAGCCCAAUAUCAUAGCUUUAAAAGUUUUCAAUUGUAUUACUAUACUUUAUUAUUAUAUAACCCACCUAAUAUACUCAAUAAAAAAAAAAAACAAUUAUUUG